GCUCCGCCUGCAUCAGCGGCUCCUCCCUGCGCGCCCCGCCCGGCUUGGGUGGGGUCCCCGCUGCUGCGUCCACCACACGCUGCGUCCUGGCAGCCAGGCCUACGGCCGUUGCACGGGCUCCCCCGGUGACUUCCCUAGGCCGUGCCGCCCCUUGCCUCCGGGACCAUGCUGCGCUGGCUGCGGGGCUUCGUGCUGCCCGCGGCGGCCUGCCAGGACGCGGAGCCGCCGAUGCGCUACCAGACCCUGUUCCAGCAGCUGGACCGCAACGGGGACGGCGUGGUGGACAUUGGCGAACUGCAGGAGGGGCUCCGGAACCUGGGCAUCCCCCUGGGCCAGGACGCCGAGGAGAAAAUUUUUACUACUGGUGAUGUCAACAGAGAUGGAAAGCUGGAUUUUGAAGAAUUUUUGAGGUACCUUAAAGACCAUGAGAAAAAAAUGAAAUUGGCAUUUAAUAGUUUGGACAAAAAUAAAGAUGGAAAAAUCGAGGCCUCCGAAAUUGUUCAGUCUCUGAAGAUACUAGGUCUAACUAUUUCUGAACAGCAGGCAGAGUUGAUUCUCCAAAGGUAAGCCCUUCAGUGGAUUGACAGUUUAGCUUCUGACUUCCGACCUCAUGCCCUGCAU